GGGGGAGCGAAUCUGCGGUGUGUAUAGUAGGGGAAGUCAGCUGAACGAUGGUAACGGUGAGGGCAAACAGCGAGGGGAAAGGAGGGCGAACGCGCUCCACGUCGGCCGAGUCGAGCGACUCAGUCGUGAGUCGAGCCUCGCCGUGUCGACUUGUGCUACUGGCCUGCGUUAUUAUCGUCGUCGUCGUUGUCGACGCGUCACGCGAGUCUUGUUUUAGUUUGUUUCUUUUUCCCCCAGUGUGAAUACUCGCUGUCUCGCACUAGCGCAUCCCGGGUGACGGGUCUUCUUCCCGUUUUGGUGUUUGCUCAAGGAGGCGCGUAAUCCGCGCGCGCGAAUAAGUGCCGUUCAACAUCGCGGAGGUCAGCCUCGUGCAUGGGUUCAUGCGCGAGUGAUAUUGUUGUUUCGUUGUUGCUGCCACGGAUAUAAAAAGGGAAUAAGUGCACGAGGGGAUCCCACAAAGUUGGUUCGCGCCCAACUUCCCGAUGCGCCGGAGAAUGCGGUAGAAAAUAGUGGUGCUUUCGUUGAGUACGAAACCGCGACGGUGCGUGUGCGAGGAUCGACCGCGAAAGAUGCUGACGUCCAGCGCGAAUCAGUAUCUCCGUCCUGAAUACCUCACGCCGCUACCUACUACGUUAGAUGCGAAGAAGAGUCCACUCGCGCUGCUCGCUCAGACGUGCAGCCAGAUAGGAGCGGAUCCACCGUCCAACAAGUUAAGUUCCUUGGACAAGUUGUCGAGUAACAGAUCGUCGAAAACCGCGGAGCAAUCACGCGACAAGUCCUCGCCGGCGGUGGCGGCCUCGGUCACCUCGGUAGCGACACCGGCGUCCGAGUCGACCAAGACCAGUUUCAAGCCGUACGAAUCCUGUCUGGGACGCGAGAAGGCGCCCACUCCGGACGAGCCGCGAUCAGCGUCGAGUCACUCGACAUCCGGUCGAUCCAGAACACCCGGUGGUGGUAGCAGUGGUAAACGAUGUCCCAGCAAUCAGAGCGCCGCAUCGACGCGCGCGGUCACGCCGCAAGGCAGGAAGACGGCGACGCCGAACGGUGAGGUCACGCGGGACUCGCCGGUGUCGAGAGGCUCGGCACCUUCGAUACCUUCGUCAAGCGGGGGGGCGGAAGCCGCUGCUGCGAGUCAAUCAACCGUCAGUAGUCCCUCGUUACAAGCCAAACCCGCUUACAGUCCCGCCAGUGUGUUCGCGAUGACCGACCCAUCCAUCAAGGAUCUGCCAUUGGGCACGUUCAAACCGGCGGGCGUCGGUCUCCCAGUCUCCACCGCCGCCGCCGCCUACUUGGGCUACAAUCCCGGUCAGCUGCCCAUAGACGUGAUGGCCAGCUCGCUCAUGUCACAGCAUCACGCGGCUUUGAAGAACGGCCUCGUCGCUGCCGCGAAUCCGUACUUCGGCUACGCGCGAUUGAAGACCACCGCUGGUCCUGCGGACAGUCUGAUGCCGAUAUGCCGCGAUCCCUACUGCACCGGCUGCCAGCUGAACUCGCAUCUACUGUCGAACUCCGCGGCGACCACCGCUGCCGCCGCCGCCGCAGCCGUCGCGUGUCUCGCCAACGGCAAAUUGCCGUCGGGCGCGAGCGUGACGCCGGCAUCCUGUCCGGCCGGUUGUACCCAGUGCGAUCACAAGCAACCCGGCAACGUCUCGCCUUACGCGUCACUCGGCGCGGCCAGCGCGGUCUAUGUGCACGCGCAAGCGCAUCUGGCCGCGUUGGCCGCGGGUACGCAGUUUCCCUACGUGUGUAACUGGAUCGCCGGCGAUGCCGCGUUCUGCGGCAAGCGGUUCGCCACGUCGGACGAGUUGCUGCAACACCUGAGGACUCACACGAGCGUGUUGACGAGCGCUGCCGCGGCCGAUCCCGCGAGCACGGCCGCCGCGCUGUCCCUGCUGUCGCCACCAGUGGGACUGCCGCCAACCCAUCCCCUGUUUGCCCGGUCUUACCCCACGCCGCCACUGAGUCCGCUCGCCACCGCGCGCUACCACCCAUAUGGCAAACCAUCACCGUUGUUACCUCCGUCAUUGUCGUCGCUCGGCCUGCCGUUACCACCACCGCCGCCACCGCCACCGCCACAUCCGCACGCCACCGCUGGAUUGCCGCCGUAUUUCUCGCCGUAUUCCCUCUAUGGGCCUCGCCUGGGCGCCGCAUCCGGGAUGCACCAAUGAGUUCUCCUCAGCUAAGCCGGCGAGCUGACCCCGUCAGUCGAUCGGCGAACUGUGAUUACCCUACACAAAGUACGAGUACGGGGCAAACGGGGCAGGAGUGUGUCUGUUCCACGAGUGACGCUCGUUAUCAAGAGUUUGUGACAAGUUGUCAGAAACAGAUUAUCGACACGGUAGGAUUACCCUUCUCGAUAUGCAACGAUACACACACACACACACACACACACACACACACACCACACACACACACACACACACAGUGCGUCUUCCGUGACUUGUACGCUAAGUCUUUUUUUUUACAUUCAACAUUAACGCGGAAUUUUUAAAAAAUCAUGCGUAUGCGAAAGAACAUUCUACUUGUCUUUAAGCACGCGUCACUACUAUUUCGGUGUUCACGCAGGCAAAAACUCGGUGUACCUUAUAGAUGGUAAAUGCCUCUUUAGUAAAUGCCCAGUUGAAAAUAGCCCUCAAUGAAUAUUCACCCAAAAGUUCUUCACUUUGUGAGAACUGCUUUCAGUGAGAAAAGCUCUGUCAAAUGUACUCUCGAUCUUGUUAUUCUUAAAAAGAUGAAAUAAAAUAACGCUGUUGCCGCGUAUCGCUACCUCAGCUUUGCAAGAGUAAUAUUUUAAUGCUGUCAAAAUUAUGUGACGCAUAUAAACGCAUUUGAAAGAAUUAACGCUCGCUCAGCGGCUCUCAGGUUUUUCUGUGGGGCACUUUAAUAACAUUAAUAUUUUUUAUAUAAAUUGUUAAAUAUAGAUUAAAUAUAAUUUAUUUAUAUCUUAUUAAAUCACUCAUUUCUCAUCUUGUUUUUUUUA